AGAGCCGCGUCCAGCUCCCCGGGCGUCCGAGGCCUCGGUUCUCUCUGCGCUUUAGGGGCGGCUCAGCUGUCUGCCUGGGAUAUCGGCAACUCUGGAAGCCGGCGCUAGCAGCAUGUCGGGGGUGCGAGCAGUUCGCAUCAGCAUCGAGUCGGCCUGCGAGAAGCAGGUCCAGGAGGUGGGCCUCGAUGGCACCGAGACUUACCUGCAGCCGCUGUCCAUGUCCCAGAACCUGGCUCGGCUAGCCCAGCGCAUCGACUUCAGCCAGGGCUCCGGCUCCGAGGAGGAGGAGGCGGCGGGCGCCGAGGGCGACGGGCAGGACUGGGCGGGCGCCGGGUCGAGCGCGGACCAGGACGAGGAGGAAGGGUUGGUAAAAUUCCAGCCUUCCCUUUGGCCUUGGGACUCAGUGAGAAACAACUUGAGAAGUGCCUUGACAGAGAUGUGUGUUCUCUAUGAUGUUCUCAGCAUUGUUAGGGAUAAGAAAUUUAUGACUCUUGAUCCCGUCUCUCAGGAUGCACUUCCUCCCAAACAGACAUUGCAGUUGAUUUCAAAGAAGAAGUCGCUUGCUGGAGCAGCCCAGAUUCUCUUGAAGGGGGCAGAAAGGCUGACCAAGUCAGUGGCUGAAAACCAGGAGAACAAGCUGCAGAGAGACUUCAACUCGGAGCUCCUGCGCUUACGGCAGCACUGGAAGCUGAGGAAGGUGGGAGAUAAAAUCCUCGGAGACCUCAGCUACAGAAGCGCGGGGUCUCUCUUUCCCCAUCAUGGUACCUUUGAAGUGAUCAAGAAUACAGAUAUUGAUCUGGAUAAGAAGAUACCUGAAGAUUAUUGUCCUCUGGAUGUCCAAAUUCCUAGUGAUUUAGAGGGGUCUGCAUAUAUUAAGGUUUCAAUUCAGAAGCAGGCUCCAGACAUAGGUGAUCUUGGCACAGUUAACCUCUUCAGGCGGCCUUUGCCCAAAUCCAAACCAGGUUCCCCGCAGUGGCAGACAAAAUUAGAAGCAGCGCAGAAUGUUCUCUUAUGUAAAGAAAUUUUUGCGCAGCUCUCUCGGGAAGCUGUUCAGAUUAAGUCACAGAUACCUCACAUUGUGGUGAAAAACCAGAUUAUCUCUCAGCCCUUUCCAAGCUUGCAAUUAUCUAUUUCUUUAUGCCAUUCUUCAAAUGAUAAGAAGUCACAAAAAUCUGCUACUGAGAAGCAAAGUCCAGAAGAUCACCUGUAUGUCUUAGAGCAUAAUUUGCAUCUGCUGAUCAGAGAGUUUCAUAAACAGACCUUGAGUUCCAUCAUGAUGCCUCAUCCGGCAAGUGCACCCUUCGGCCACAAGAGAAUGAGACUUUCCGGUCCCCAAGCUUUCGAUAAGAAUGAAAUCAACUCUAUACAAUCCAGUGAAGGGCUUCUGGAAAAAAUAAUCAAACAAGCAAAGCACAUAUAUCUGAGGAGUAGAGCUGCUGCAACCAUUGACAGCUUAGCAAGUCGCAUUGAGGAUCCUCAGAUACAGGCACAUUGGUCAAAUAUCAAUGAUGUUUACGAAUCAAGUGUGAAAGUUUUAAUCACAUCACAAGGUUAUGAACAGAUAUGCAAGUCUAUCCAGCUGCAGUUGAACAUUGGAGUUGAGCAGAUCCGAGUUGUACACCGUGAUGGAAGAGCGGUCACACUGUCGUACCAGGAGCAGGAGCUGCAGGAUUUUCUUCUGUCUCAGAUGUCACAGCAUCAGGUGCAUGCAGUUCAGCAGCUAGCCAAGGUGAUGGGCUGGCAGGUCCUCAGCUUCAGCAACCAUGUGGGACUGGGACCCAUAGAGAGCAUUGGCAAUGCCUCUGCCAUCACAGUGGCCUCUCCAAGCGGUGACUAUGCUAUUUCAGUUCGUAAUGGACCUGAAAGUGGCAGCAAGGUCAUGGUUCAGUUUCCCCGGAACCAGUGCAAAGACCUUCCAAAAAGUGAUGUUUUACAGGACAGCAAAUGGAGUCAUCUUCGUGGGCCGUUCAAAGAAGUCCAGUGGAGUAAAAUGGAAGGUCGAAACUUUGUUUAUAAAAUGGAGCUGCUUAUGUCUGCGCUGAGCCCUUGUUUGCUAUGAUUUUUUUUUCCCAGGAAAGUUUCCAGGAACAUUGGCUUGAGAUAUUUGCAGAACAUCUGUAAGCACAAGAAAGAAAAAUAUUCCAAAGGAGUAUUUUUUAAAAAAAUAAUUAGCAAGUUUUUACCUAGCAUUUUGAAACCUUUCACUUUAUAAGUGACAAGUGCUUUGAAAUGUGAAAAUUUUGUACAGUUGUGGUGUAUACAGUAUGGGGAAAUGUAAAAUAGCACUUUUUAUGUGGUUAACUUGAAAAUAUUAACUUAAGGUUUGUAUUUGCUUUUAAAAUAUUCCGUCUUCGAUGUUAGCAUCAAAUAAAGUGCAUGGUUAAAACUCUCCUAAGAACUCUU